AUGCACUCGCACCACUCCCAUUCUGGGCAAUUCUGUCGACACGCGAAGGACAAUCUCGAAGAUGUCGUGAAGGAGGCUGUCCGACAAGGUUUCACCACCUUUGGGCUGAGCGAGCAUGCUCCGAGGUAUAGGGAACAAGACCUGUUCCCCGAGGAGUCUGACCUCACGCCCACGGACCUGUCGCGGAUCUAUCUCGACUUCCUCACAGAGGCGCUCCGCCUGAAGGCAAAAUACGCAGACAGAAUCACGCUGCUAGUCGGGAUCGAGACGGACUUCAUCUCGCCCCUCGACAUGUCCGAACUCACCACGCUUUUGUCACAGCACGAGGAGAUCGACUACGUGGUAGGCAGCGUGCACCACGUCUCGGGGGUCAGUAUCGAUUUCGACCGGCCAAACUAUCUGCGCGCCGUCGCCGACUGCGCGUCACCUACGCCCACCAUGGUGCGAAACGCUGAGGGGGAGCUCGUCAUGGCCCCACCCGUCAACGAAAUCAAGGAGCCGGAAACAAUGGCGGACAUUGAGGAUUUCGUGGCGCGAUACCUCGACGCGCAGUUCGAGAUGAUCAUCGCCCAGGAGCCAGAGGUCAUUGGCCAUUUCGACCUGUGCAUGCUCUUCACGCCGCAGAUCAGCCUCAAGUCCAGUGCCGCGGUGUGGGAGAAGGUGGAGCGCAAUGUCGACGCGGCAAUCAGCUAUGGCGCACUGUUCGAGGCCAACGCGGCCGCGUUCCGGAAAGGCUGGAACAGCUCGUAUCCCGCGCCAGACGUGCUCCAGCUCAUCCUGUCCAAGGGCGGCCGGGUAUGCCUCAGCGAUGACAGCCACGGCGUGUCCUACGUCGGGCUAAACUACGGUCGGUUGAGGGAGUAUCUCGUCGCCCAGGGCGUGGAGGAGAUCUGGUACCUUGUCCCCAGAGAUCAGGAGGGAGAGAAGGUUGGCAAGCGGGGGAGAGUCAAGGCCAAGCCGCUGAGGGGAUGGGAGAGGGCCGAGUUCUGGAGUCAAUAG